AUGCUUCGACUGGCCGAAUUUUGGUUUAAUAUGGAGGAAAAAAAUACAAUAGAUGUGGCGCUUGGUGUACGUUACCUACCGGCGAUGCAUUCCACAACGCUUCUUUGGCACUUAGCCGAUUUUGUAUGCGAUGAACUUAAGAUUGGCUUUAUGAUCAUGUUAGCGGGUAGUUCGCCCGUAUCAUUUGGUCUUUACAGUUCAUUGGCGAAACGAGUCAAAAUACCGUUGAUUGACUGGGAAACUUCCGAUUUGAGCUCUGACUCGUCUCCGGCUUUUACAGCAUCCGUAAGGCCUCCUGCUGAUGAACUAUUAGUGGAUUACAUCAAAAUUAAACAGUGGCAUGAAAUUAUCUAUUUACACGAUGGUGCUAAUGCAGAACGAAGCCUUACCGCAAUAUAUAAAUAUUUGGAAAAAAAUAAUCCUAUCUAUACGCUACAGAUCAAUAGCUAUCGCAUUCCUGAAGAUGAAGAGUACUUUCGAGAAUUUCUCAAUAAUUUUCAUAUGCAAAAUUUUAACUUCCUUGAUUCAAGAUCCUUAAAUGUUGUGGUGGAUAUUUCGAAUAGUUAUCGUAUCCGAGCAUUUUUGCAGUCACUAAAAGAAAGCAUACUUGUCAAAAAACAAUAUAAUUAUGUGUUUGCUAACUUCGAACUGGAUGAAAAUGAUCUGGAUGCUUUCCAUUAUACUCUUAUCAAUAUUACAGCUUUUUUAAUGUGUGACAGAUAUAAUCAACGUUUAAACAAAGAAAGAAAAAUGUUCGUGCAUCACUACGGCAAUCGUUCCGUCAUGGAUGACGUGUCAAUACCAAUGAGUGCAAUGUUUGCACACGAUGCAUUACUUGUGGCAAGUAAUGCGAUUGACAUUGUUUUGAAAAAAUACGGCCGUGACUUGUUUGCUAAUGCAUUCAAUCAAAACCAACUGUAUAAUGCUGGUCAGCCAGGAAUACAGUGCAGACGUGAUCUGCAGCAUGCCACCUCACAUUCGAUGCCAUUCGAAUUCGGUGAUAAAAUUAUUGAAGCCAUUAGAGAGGUAAAAUUAGACGAAACAGAUGGGACACUUACCGGUCCAAUACAAUUCACUAAGUCGUUAAGUAGAACAAACUUCUCAGCGAAAAUAGUUGAAAUCAAUCCAAGCGGAAGGAGCUUAUAUAGCGUUCGAAAUAUGUAUGACUGGAGACAAGGUGUAGGAUUCAUAAUGAAUGCAGAAAGUAAGCCAAAUUUGCUAAGGGAAGAAGCUAUCACUCGCUUACACCACCGGUCUAAUAGACUACAUAUUGUAACGGUCCUGGUGAAACCGUUCGUGAUGCUAAAGCGAACGGUUCCUGGAGAACCUGCACAUGUUGGUAAUGACCGUUUCGAAGGAUACUGUAUUGAUUUGAUUAAAUUGUUAGCAAUGAAUAUCAGCGGUUUUGAUUCUUAUGAAAUAUUCAUUGCUGAAGGAAAUAAAUAUGGUCAACGUCAAGAUGACGGUUCUUGGGAUGGAAUGAUCGGAUAUUUGCUAAAUGAGACAGCGGAUGUUGCCGUAGCACCACUCACCAUCAACCAAGCUCGCGAGCGCGUCGUUGACUUCUCAAAACCAUUUAUGACCACUGGAAUCAGUAUCAUGAUUAAGAAACCGGAAAAACAGGAAUUCAAUGUUUUCUCAUUCAUGCAACCUCUAGGAACAAAUAUUUGGUUCCUCAUACUGUGUUCAUAUGCUGGAGUAUCACUUACUAUAUUUCUAGUGAGCUCCUUCAGUCCUUAUGAAACGCGUACGGAAGCAGAAUUGCCAACGCAGCUCUCUUUGUACAAUAGUUUAUGGUUCACAUUAUCAUCGUUUAUGCAGCAAGGUACUGAUAUAUUACCCAGAGCACCAUCCGGACGGAUCGCUAGUAGUGCAUGGUGGUUCUUUACGCUUAUCAUUGUUUCCUCAUACACUGCAAAUUUAGCGGCAUUCCUUACCCUAGAGAAAAUGACUCCACCAAUUGAAUCGGUCGAUGAUCUGGCUGCUCAGAAGAGAAUCCUUUAUGGAAUUGUUAAAGGUGGUUCAACAGAAGAGUUUUUCAAGGAAUCAGCAGUACCCGUUUAUAAAAAAAUGUGGAGUUUCAUGUAUGAUACGUAUACUCAGCAGCUUCGUGCACAACAACAUCCUAAUACUUCAGACACUGUAAUGGCAAAUACUUAUGCUGAAGGGAUUGAAAAAGUGCGCCGUAGCAAGGGACAAUAUGCAUUUCUUUUGGAAGAAACAGCCAAUGAAUACGAAAAUACUCGGAAACCAUGCGAUACCAUGAAAGUUGGUGCUAAUUUGAAUUCUUUGGGAUAUGGAGUUGCCACCAAAAUUGGUAACCCGCUGAGAGAAAGUAUUAAUUUUGCGAUAUUAUACUUACAUGAGAAGGGUGAGCUGAAACGACUGGAAAAUAAAUGGUGGUAUGAUCGAGGACAGUGCGAUCAAGGAAUGUCAAUGUCUCCGGAAGGAGGUAAUAGUGCCAGUUUAACUCUUAGUAAAGUUGCCGGAAUAUUUUAUAUUCUCUGUGGUGGCAUGAUACUAUCGAUGGCAACUGCUUUUGCUGAAUUUUUAUAUCGUUGUAAACUGGAAAGAUGCGAAGCUACAAGAAAGAAUCAUUUACAACGGAAGGCAUUGCGAGGUGGUAGUGAUCAUUCACAAAAACGCUCAAGAUCUGCUGAAUUAUAA